AUGGCCCGAUCAUCUGUUUCCCCUGGUGGAACUCCCUCACAAACACCCUCCCAUCCAACCGAGACUCUUGGCGAUCUUUGCAACCACAGACUAGCAGACAUAUCCAAACUCCAAACCCCAAGAGUGAAACCGAUUGGAGGGGCGAUUGACUUCACUCAAGACUCAGACCACAACAACUCAAAGCUCAAGAAGGUAUCAAAGAAAGACAGUGAAUUUGAUGACAUCCUUGAGUACUUUGAGCCCCCAUACCACGCCAACGAAGGUGACACUGGAGAAAAAUCCUCGCACAGAUGCAAGUGGUGUUCAGGUCCUUACAAGAAAAGCAAGGGGACCAACUCAAACCUCACCAAGCACCGUGACGGCACCAAGGAGCGUCCUGCCUGCUCAGGACGAUCAGACGCAAUUGCUUUUGGGGCCAAGUUACCUCUGACAGCAAUGGAAAUCGAAUUCAAUAAGCAAAACCACAAAGAAGAUUUGAUCCACAAUUACGCUCAAAACACGGUGUUUGAAAUGAGGGUCUUGAAUCAACUCCUAGUGAUGUGGUUAAUCUGA